AUGCCAGACGCAAAGGCGGCCGUGCUUCUCACAGCCUUCUCCGGCCUGGCGCUGCUGAUCUACGCCAUCCCCGGCCCGGUCAAGUUCGGCCCCAUCUCGGACCGCGGCGCCCGGCCCGCCUACGCCGACAACGCGAUGUGGCACUGCGUGCUGUUUCCGCUCGUCUUUGUGCUCGGCGCGGCGGCGGGUCUCUACCCGCUCUCAGUGCUUUACGACCACUUCGGCGCGACGGUCGGGCUGCUCAACUUUGGCGGGCUCGCCUUCUGCGCGCUGCUCUACGCCAAGGGCCUCAGCCGGCUCGGCCUCCGCCCCUCCGGCCCGGACGCAGGCUCGUCUGGCAAGGGGCUGCUCUUCGACUACUACUGGGGCACGGAGCUCUACCCGCAGCUGGGCGGCGUCGACGUGAAGCGCUUCGUCAACUGCCGCAUCUCGAUGACCUACUGGAUGCUCGCCGGCGUCUCCUUCGCCGCCGCGCACGGCCGGCUCGACCCGGGCCUCGUCCUGUGCGCCGCGUCGCAGUUUGUCUACCUCGUCAAGUUCUUCUACUGGGAGAUCGGCUACAUGCGCUCCAUCGACAUCAUCACCGACAGGGCGGGCUUCUACGAGACGUGGGGCUGCCUGGUCUGGGUGCCCUCCAUCUACACGCUCCAUACGCGGAGCAUGCGGUCGGGGUCGCCCUUAGGCGCCAUCUUCGCCGUCGGGCUGCUCGGCGUCGCAUUCAACUUCGAGGCGGACCUGCAGCGGCAGCGCUUCCGCGAGACGGGCGGCGCGGCCCUCGUGUGGGGCCGCAAGCCGAUCGCCAUCGAGGCCGAGUACCACCUCGCGCGCCACACGAGCUUGCUCCUCGUCUCCGGCUGGUGGGGCGUCGCGCGGCACGCGCAGUACCUCUUCGAGCUCACGGCCGAGAUCUGUCAACAGGCCGCUUGGUCGUGGGGCUUGCUCGCCGGCGUCGGCACGCACGGCGCGUUGCCGCUCUUCUACGCGGCCUUCCUCACCGUGCUGCUCGUGCACCGCGCCAUCCGCGACGAGGAGAAGUGCUCGCUCAAGUACGGCGCGGCGUACGCAAAGUACAAGGCGAUGGUACCGUACAAGAUUGUGCCGUACGUCUUUUGA